AGGCGGGUUAAAGAGCGUGCAGCAGGUUGCGCCACGCGUGUCAGAGAAGUUUCAAUGGCGUGGCAGGGGCUGACGGCCGAGUUCCUGCAGGUGCCCGCGGUGACGCGGGCCUAUACUGCGGCCUGCGUCCUUACCACCGCUGCUGUGCAACUGGAGCUCCUCAGCCCCUUCCAGCUCUAUUUCAACCCGCACCUCGUGUUCCGGAAGUUCCAGGUCUGGAGGCUCGUCACCAACUUCCUCUUCUUCGGGCCCCUGGGAUUCAGCUUCUUCUUCAACAUGCUCUUCGUGUUCCGCUACUGCCGCAUGCUGGAGGAGGGCUCCUUCCGCGGCCGCACGGCCGACUUCGUCUUCAUGUUUCUCUUCGGGGGCGUCCUCAUGACCCUGCUAGGGCUCCUGGGCAGCCUGUUCUUCUUGGGCCAGGCCCUCACAGUCAUGCUGGUGUAUGUAUGGAGCCGCCGAAACCCCCGAGUGAGGGUCAACUUCUUCGGCCUCCUCACCUUCCAGGCACCAUUCCUGCCCUGGGCACUCAUGGGAUUCUCUCUGCUGCUGGGCAACUCGAUUCUCGUGGACCUGCUGGGGAUUGCUGUGGGCCACAUUUACUACUUCCUAGAGGAUGUCUUCCCCAACCAACCUGGAGGCAAGAGGCUGCUGCUGACCCCCAGCUUCCUGAAGCUGCUACUGGAUGCCCCACAGGAGGACCCCAAUUACCUGCCCCUCCCAGAGGAGCAGCCAGGACCCCUGCAGCAAUGACCGUACCCAGGGCCAAGGCCAGCCCCAACCCCAGCGGCCUGUUUUCCUGGCCUCUGGCAGGCCUCCAUUCCACCCCUAACUCCCGCUUACAGAAGAGCAACCUGUCCUGGAGACUGGGCUGGUGCCCAGGGCCCACCCAAAUAAACAGAAUGACCUGCGUCUCUUU